AUGUUCAAUUAUUCUACUUUAUAUAUAUUUUAUUUUAUUUGCAUGAAAUAUAAUGAGGAGGAAACUGGAGGAUAAGGAACUUGAGGGUAGGUGUAGCCCUAGAGAGAGAAUAGAGGGAGGAAGUGGAUCCAAACGCACCCUAAUAAAAGGCAGUAAUCUUUGUUCAGAGAAGUCUUCCUCUUCUUUAAUUCAUUCUAGAGAGAGAAAGUUAGAGAGGGAAAGUUAGAGACAUGUCUGACGAGGAACAUCACUUCGACUCCAAGGCUGAUGCUGGGGCUUCAAAGACAUAUCCUCAGCAAGCUGGUGCAAUUCGCAAGAAUGGCUACAUCGUCAUCAAGGCCAGGCCUUGCAAGGUUGUAGAGGUUUCCACCUCAAAAACAGGCAAGCAUGGACAUGCCAAGUGCCAUUUCGUGGGAAUUGACAUAUUUAAUGGGAAGAAACUUGAAGAUAUUGUUCCUUCAUCCCAUAACUGUGAUGUUCCCCAUGUUAAUCGUACUGACUAUCAGCUGAUUGAUAUUUCUGAAGAUGGUUUUGUGAGUCUUUUAACUGAAAAUGGAAACACCAAGGAUGAUCUGAGGCUUCCCACCGAUGACAAUCUGCUCAGCCAGAUUAAAGAUGGGUUCGCUGAUGGGAAAGACCUUGUGGUGACUGUCAUGUCUGCAAUGGGAGAGGAGCAGAUCUGUGCCCUUAAGGACAUUGGUCCUAAAAAUUAAAUAUGUGGCUGUGGCAAUAGCUAUAGCUAAAAACCAAACAUCGUCUUUCAUGUAGUUAAAAGAGGGGUUUUAUCGACUAUGUGUGUGCAACAGACUUCUAUUAUGAUUCUCGUUUAGUUGUGUAAUUAAAACUUGUUUUCUGGCAUGUGGAGGGGAUAUGAAGGGAAAACAGGAGCUGCUGAUCCCCAAACAAAGGAACCUUGCAUUUACAGCUGGGUGAAAUUUAUAUAAUAUAGUCUUUAACUCCA